AUGUGUCAACUCUGGAACCAGGAGUAUAGCGAAUGUCACCACGUCUCUAGCAAUCUAAUUCAUUGUCCGACAUAUUACAAGCAACAGAGCGAGGCGAACAGCUUCCUUGGGCGCCUGUUCAAUGGUAAUGUACGGAGGAAGAAAGAUUGCGGGCGUGUUAUUCCACACCAUGGAGAGCCGGUACUCUUCUGCCCAGCUUGCUCGGUCAAGAACGACAGGCUACGAGGUAAUCAAGUUGGGGAUGGAGCCCUGAGGGUCCGUCACCCACGCGUACGAGAUGAAUAUCCAUAUUACUCCAGAGAGCAUCGUGAAGAAAACGAGAAUUAUACCGAAAGAUCGUAUAGAAGACCGGGCAGACAUGCACAGCAGGGCGUAUGGAUACCGGAGCUGUAUUACGAGCCCGAGAAUCUAGCACAGAGAGAUUCUUACUGCCGUGCCGCUGGAAGAGCGAGGCCGGUGAGCCCACCUAGGACAUCCGCUGCCACGCCAGACACCUAUAAACCCGAGCAGAAAAGGGAUAAGUCAGCUGUGCGUCUACAAAAGCCGACAAGAGAUUGUGGGCUUAUGCGUCACGAGCGUAAACAUGAGCAGGAGCGUGAACAUGAGCAUAGGCAUCAUGGAUCCACCAGCAAGCAGUUCCCCAGUAAGCGUGAGGGAGAUAGGACCAAAUUAGUAAAACGCGCUGAGCGUAAACCUCAUGCGUCUGUUAAGGAAGCUUGCGGCUUCGACAAUCCGCCCCGCUCCAAGAAGCCCGCUGAGCCAACGCCGAGGCAUGACCGGCGGCACCGCGAAAGGGUUCCUAAGAACAAGUCUUCUAGGGGCAGAAAACGUUCUAGAACACCUAGCCCCAAACGACUUCCCCCAACGCCACCUCCUAAGGACAGGCGGCAGCGCAAAUGGAUGCCCCAAAUCGGGAACUCGUUUAGCCAGGAGCGUCCGUCGACAGCGCCACCUCCCCCAGAUAAGCAUCCACAGCUUCGACGCAAACCCGGGCAAGUCUACAAGGUGCCCCGUACGCCUUCUCCCCCGCGUCCUCCUAAACCUCCUAAACCUUCCAACCCUCCCAUGCCCAUGCCCAUUCCCGUUCCCAUUGUUAUUCCCCCUCCAAUACCCAAUCCACUACCUGAAUAUCAAGUAUAUCUCAACGCGCAGCGCUUCGCUGCCAACUACCACCCCACGAGCGAGAUGGCAGCAGAAACAUCAACAUUCCGGCCACCUCUAAAACGUCCCCCGCAGCGCAGCAAAGGGCUCCAUCAACACCCGACGCUGCGGAGGAUCGCCAGCCCGCUUCGGAUCCUGGAUAAUUCCUCCGACGAGAGCUUCGUCUGUCGGGACGCGCGGCUCGUGACGCUAAGCGGCGAGAUCUCUUUUAAAGAGAGAGCGUGA